UGGAGGAAAGUCAAAGCGAGGUGUGAGCAUUUUUUAAUAAACAUACAUGCAUGCAUAAUGAUGACAGUGAAUGGAGAAUGGAAAACUAAUGAUCCGAUUCAUAUCAAACACAUCAUCAUGGCUGACGAGGUCAGACUUCAGACUUCCCCCUGAAGCCUAAAAAGGCGAGGCUGUGAGCAGCUGGUGGAAGGAACACAGGCUAAGAAUAACCAGUGGCUGUGGUGGAUAAGGUUACCUUGAAACGUUUGUGCAUGUUUUCUUGCCCCAUGGCCAUGUGAGGCGCCAAUUACACUGCUGAAAUGAUUAGCAAGUAGUGUUCGCUGCCUCUGUACAGCCUCAGUGCCUCUUCAGAGUUCCCCCGCACCAUCUUGCCACACUGCCCUUCACCAUGCUCACUGAAGAUACUUUCAAAGAUUAGAUUUUUGGACUCGCUUAAUAAGGUUCCACCUGUGGAUUGCAUGGGGGGGACUAGCAAGCCGGGCAGCGUUAACAUCAGCCAGGUGGAACCACUGUAACGGGACAGGACGAGAUCAGCUAAAGCCUCCACAGCAAGUCACACUAUGACUAACGAAACUAAAGAUUCUGGAGCAGAGCCCGUCACUAUGGACGUCCGAAAUCAGGAAGUCGUGCACCUGACACCUCCUGAGGUCAUAAACCACGGCUUCAUGAAGGUCUUAAAGCGUCCCGUGCAGUGGCUGAUCAUCGCUGCUCUUCUGAUCUCCUGGUCAGCAGCUGGAAUUGUCAUGUUUGACUUUGUGAGUGACGACCAGCUGACGAAGCUACAACACAUGAGUUCAGAUCCGAUGACGGCGGUGAACGAAGCUGUUGAGGGCUUUACGGACAAAAUGAGCAGCUUAAAUGACAUUUUUAAUAAUGCACAUGAGUACGUUCCCGCUGUAAUCACGGAUCCCGUGGCUGCCGUUAACCAGUGGGCCGACGCCUCGACGUCGUUUCUGUUAGGAAUACACGAAAGUGUAGGAGGCACUUCUUUCCUUAAACCCGGCGGUGAUGUACUAGAUGAAAUGAAUGAUUGGAUUAGGAGCCUGGUUGGAUAUUUAUUCCACAUGUUUGAAGGUCUGUUGGAUGCGGUAAUCCUCGGUCCUCUGGAAAUGGUCGCUGAGGCAGCUGCGAAUAUUUCAGACAUAGUCAAGGUCAUCUUGAGGUCGUUCACAAGGAUGUUCAAGGGCGUUGAAGUCUGGAUUCCUAAAACCAGCACAAGUCCCAUGGAAUUGGCCGGUGAUGUUCUCGAAGGAGCGCAAAACCUCAAGAACAACAUCGUCACACACGUGUCCAACCUGUUCUCGGGGGACGAAGGUGGUGUUUCUGAUCUUAAAUUUGAUCCGGUGAAAGUUGUCACAGACACGGUGGAGGAGCUCUCUGACAGAAGGGACAUGUUUUUAGCAUAUCUCUCUAAUAUCUUGAUGGAGGAUAAAGACGACGCUCCGCACAUGAUCAGGAGAAAAGGAGAAUUUCUGCCACCGAAGGAAAAAGUUCUGGAGCAGGAACGAAUUGCUAAGGAGGAAAAAGCUCGGGAGGAAGUCUACAGAGCCAUUCAAGAAUUGCGAGCUGAAAAGGCUGCAGAAGAAGCAGAGAAAAAGCUCGAGAAGGAAAACGAAAAAGAGAAGAAGAAAGAAGAGUCGAUGAAGGACAAACUAAAAGAAAAGUCUAAAAAGAACGUAAGCAAGAUUGCAGAAAUUAAAGAGCAUGAAGACUUGGAUAAGAGGGUUAAUUUUACAAUUAAAGCUGUAAAGGUCACCGCGGAGAAAGCCGAACCGCUCGUUAUAAAGAAAGAGGCCAAAGCUAAAGAAGAGAAAGCUAAGCCAGCUCGUAUUAAGAAAGAGCCUGAGGUUAAGAAGGAGAAGAUCAAAGCUGCUUCUCUAAAGACAGAAGCUCAAGAUGUUAAGGAGAAGAUAAAACCAACUCCUGAAAGGAAAGAACGUGAAGCUGCUCCAAAAGAAAAGGCAAAACCUGAACCUGCUCCAAAGGAGAAGGUUAAACUUGAACCUGCUCCAAAAGAGAAGGCAAAACCAGAACCGUCUCUAAAAGAAGAGGCAAAACCUAAACCUGCUCCAAAAGAGAAGGCAAAAGAUGAACCUGUUCCAAAAGAGAGAGUAAAACCAGAGCCUUCUCGAAAAAGAGAGGCAAAACCUGAACGUGCUCCAAAAGAAGUGACAAAACCUUUUCCAAAAGAGAAGGCCAAACUUGAAGCUGUCCCAAAAGACAAGGUAAAGCCUGAAGCUGUUCAGAAAGAGAAGACCAAACCUGAAUCUUCUCCAAAAGAAGAGGCAAAACCCAAACCUACUCCAAAAGAAAAGGCUAAACCUGACUCUAUUCCAAAAGAGAAGGCCAAGCCUGAACCUGUUCCAAAGGAGAAGGUAAAACCAGAACCUGCUCCAAAAGAGAAGACAAAACCAGAACCUGUUCCAAAAGACAAGGCUAAACCCGACUCUGUUCUAAAAGAGAAGGCCAAGCCUGAACCUUCUCCAGAAGAGAAGGUAAUAGCUGAACGUUCUCCAAAAGAGAAGGAACCUGCUCCAAAAGAGAAGGCAAAACCUCAACCUAUUCCAAAAGAAAAGGCCAAACUUGAACCUACUCCAAAAAAGAAGGUAAAACCAGAACCUGAACCUACUCUAAAAGAAGUAACAAAACGGAAACCAGUUCAAAAAGAGAAGGCAAUACCUGAACCUCCUCCAAAAAAAGAGACAAAACCCAAACCUACUCCAAAAGAAAAGGCUAAACCCGACUCUGUUCCAAAAGGGAAGGCCAAGCCUGAACCUGUUCCAAAGGAGAAAGCAAAACCGGACACUGCUCCAAAAAAGAAGGCAAAACCAGAACCUGUUCCAAAGGAGAAGGCAAAACCAGAACCUGCUCCAAAAGAGAAGGCAAAACCAGAACCUGCUCCAAAAGAGAAGGCAAAACCAGAACCUGCUCCAAAAGAGAAGGCAAAACCAGAACCUGUUCCAAAGAAGGCAAAACCAGAACCUGCUCCAAAACAGAAGGCAAAACCUGAACCUGUUCCAAAAGAGAAGGCAAAACCUGAACCUGUUCCAAAAGAGAAGGCAAAACCAGAACCUGCUCCAAAAGAGAAGGCAAAACCAGAACCUGUUCCAAAAGAGAAGGCAAAACCAGAACCUGCUCCAAAAGAGAAGGCAAAACCAGAACCUGCUCCAACAGGAAGGGCCAAACCCGAACCUGCUCCAAAAGAGAAGGCAAAACCAGAACCUGCUUCAAAAGAGAAGGAAAAACCUGAACCUGUUCCAAAAGAUAAGGCAAAACCAGAACCUGCUUCAAAAGAGAAGGCAAAACCUGAACCUGUUUCAAAAGAGAAGGCAAAACCAGAACCUGCUCCAACAGAAAGGGCCAAACCAGAACCUGCUCCAAAAGAGAAGGCAAAACCAGAACAUGUUCCUAAAGAGAAGGCAAAACCAGAACCUGUACCAAAAGAGAAGGCAAAACCAGAACCUGCUCCAAAAGAGAAGGCAAAACCAGAACCUGCUCCAAAAGAGAAGGCAAAACCAGAACCUGUUCAAAAAGAGAAAGCAAAACCUGAACCUGUUCCAAAAGAGAAGGCAAAACCAGAACCUGUUCCUAAAGAGAAGGCAAAACCAGAACCUGUUCCUAAAGAGAAGGCAAAACCAGAACCUGCUCCAAAAGAGAAGGCAAAACCAGAACCUGUUCCUAAAGAGAAGGCAAAACCAGAACCUGCUCCAAAAGAGAAGGCAAAACCAGAACCUGUUCCAAAACAGAAGGCAAAACCAGAACCUGCUCCAAAAGAGAAGGCAAAACCUGAACCUGCUCCAAAAGAGAAGGCAAAACCAGAACCUGUUCCAAAGAAUAAAAGGGGCUCGUUCCUUUCAUGCCACUUGGCGAGAGCAUCAUCUGACAGUGAUGUCACGCUCAUGCUUAAAGCGUAUUGGCUACAAGAGAACGGGCUACUCUCAGUCCAUGAAGAGGAGACAAAAUCGGCUUAA